UGCUCUUUCAGCGACCUGAUUUAUUUUACUGGACUUUUAUACUUCCGGUCCUUUACGUUUUUUGCAGAGUGAGUCUGAGUGUUUCAGUCCGACCUGCAGAUGAUCCGUCCUCCCCCCAUAAAACCGGCGGGGUCUCCGUGACCCAACCUGAAACCCCAGUGAGCGUCUGUGGAAACAGCCCGUAUCCACGGCCCAGGUAUUUCUGUGCUUCAGGUCCUGCUCGGAGGCUACAGCUAUGAACGUGUAACCAUAACAACUGCGCUCUGAUUGGCUCAUCUGGCACGGGAAUUAACAAGGACAUCAUCCAAUCUGAGCUCAGAAUGCGCUCCGCGCUGGCAAAACCUCGUGAUAACGGAGACACAGUGAUGUGAAAGUAGCAACGUGAGGUGAGCCCGGAGGAAAUUACAGGAGCCAAAACAAAACAGCAGCCAGAGAGGAACUAUUUUCCCCAAAAACCGUCUGAAAGAUGAUGGUUUAACUGUGAGUUUGAGAGGAAAGAUGGCUGGUUUAUCCACCAGGCGCAGCUGAAGUCUCUCCUCUGCUCUGGGUUGUGGAUUGUGACAAGCAGGACAGCGUCCAGCAGAACCAGGACUAAAAACACUUCCCGGGAUUGUCGAGGGGGGUCCUCCAGUUUCCGCCGGACAGCACACCACCCGGAGCCAAGACGUUGUUCCGCGUAGACCCGGGUUGCCCCAGUCCGAGCAGCGCAGUCCGUGUGGGAAGGUCGGCACUCGGCGUCCUGCAGGCCGGCAGUAUGAUGGUCCUUUGCGCCGGGUGCGAGCGGCCCAUCCUGGACCGCUUCCUCCUCAACGUGCUGGACCGAGCCUGGCACGCCAAGUGCGUCCAGUGCUGCGACUGUAACUGCAACCUGACCGAGAAGUGCUUCUCCCGGGACGGAAAGCUCUAUUGCAAAAUGGACUUUUUCAGGCGGUUUGGCACAAAAUGCGCGGGCUGUCUGCAGGGAAUCUCUCCAAGCGACCUGGUCCGCAAGGCUCGCAGCAAGGUUUUCCACCUGAACUGCUUCACCUGCAUGGUGUGUAACAAGCAGCUGUCCACGGGAGAGGAACUCUAUGUGAUAGACGAAAACAAGUUUGUGUGCAAAGAAGAUUAUUUGAGCUCUGGAGCCAUUAAAGAGGUCAACCUGAACUCAGUGUCGUCGUGCACGGACAGGAGUUUAUCGCCGGAUCUGCAGGACCCGACACAGGACGACAUAAAGGAGACGGACAAUUCAACGUCUUCUGAUAAGGAAACGAACAAUAUUGAGAAUGAGGAGCAGAACUCGGGGGCCAAAAGGCGGGGCCCCCGGACCACCAUCAAGGCCAAGCAGCUGGAAACGUUAAAGGCGGCGUUUGUAGCCACGCCGAAACCGACCCGGCACAUCCGAGAACAGCUGGCCCAGGAAACCGGACUCAACAUGCGGGUCAUCCAGGUCUGGUUUCAGAACAGAAGAUCCAAAGAGCGGCGAAUGAAGCAGCUGAGUGCUCUGGGAGCGCGGCGCCACGCCUUCUUCAGGGGCCCGAGGAGGAUGAGGCCUCUGGGAGGCAGGCUGGAGGAUGCAGACAUCUUAGGACCCGGGGCUUACGGUUACUACGGAGAAUACCAAGGUGACUAUUAUGGACCAGGAAGUAACUACGACUUCUUCCCCCACGGCCCUCCGUCCUCACAGGCUCAGUCUCCUGCUGAGUCCCCUUACAUUCUGGGUUCUGGGCCCGGAGCCAUGGAGGGAUCAGGUCACCACCCAUCAGACGACCAAAGGUUCACGGACAUGAUCUCUCACGCGGAAAGCCCGAGUCCCGAGCCGGGCUUACCGAGCUCCCUCCAGCCCGUCCCAGGGGAGGCAUAUGGAGGCGGACCCAGUCCUCCUUUCUCCUUGGCCAGUAACUCCAGUUACAGCGCUCCAAUGUCCCACCAAGGCCAGGAGAUGGGGGAAACCACCGCCUGGUAAAAGGACACACCACAGGGACCAUUCCUGGGCAGGAUGCCAGCCCACUUCAUUCAGGAGAUGAAAACAAAACAAACCAAGGGAAAAAAGCAGGAGCAGAAAGUCCAGGUUGAAUUUCUACAGAAAACUUUUUCAAAUCAUGGACAAACAGAUGAAAACAGAUGGAGGACGGGAUGGUCUGCAGGAUGAAGUAGCCGCUCCAAAGCAGAUCCCUUCCUGGAUAACAGGACUCCAAUUAUUAAAAAAAUAAAACUCCAUCCAGCAAAAAUGCUUCUCACCUUCCCCUUGCUGUUAAGGCAGGUUUCUUCUGGAACACCGUAGUGUUUAAAGCCAAAGGGGACACGUCUAGUUUUUCUUUAUUUCUCACCACAUUCUUAAAAAACGUUGCUUCAGAGCAACAUUAGUUCUCACUUUGUUGCUUGUUGUUGCUAAAUUUCCAUUUACACAUGCUUUAAUUUUCAUUUACAAACACAUCUGUUGCCAUGCCGACAGUACACCUUAAAAAAUUUAAACACACAUCAAAUGAAAAGGCUGCUGCUCAACACACACACACACACACACACACACACACACCCACACACACACACACACACACACACACCUUUUAAUGCACAAAAGUGUUCUUGAUCAUAGCUUGAAAGAAGGAUGUCUAUACCAUCAUUCAAAACACGAACACAAUUAAAACGACACUUGUAUCCUCCCACACACGCGCACGUGCGCAGCUCACGCCCAUGGAGGCGGCCCUGAUAGUUCUGCUCCGCUCGCUGCUUCACCUGACCUUCCUUUUGUUACUGUCCCUUUAAAAAAACAUGUUUUAAUGGAAAUGAUUUUCAAAAGAACAUUGAACCCAUAAUGGAGAACGUCCUUCAGCAGCUGAGGUCUCCUUCCUCUAAAGACACAAAACAAAAGAGGGGGCAGACAACAUCUGUGACAUGACCACCGUCGGCUCUGAGGCGCGCGCCGCCAUCUAGUGGCCGAGCUGCGCUCAGCGUCAGAGGACAAAUUCACUUUUUCUUCUCUUUUUGCAAACAGUUCAGGGUCAAAAGUCAGCCUUUGUGGAAAGAAAUUAAAGAGUUUGCAUCUUUUAAUUCCCAGUUUCAGCCUUUUGGUCUUUCAGCGCCGUCUCCUCACACUGUCUCCACCACAAGUCAGCUCUACUUGAAAUAUUGUUUGUUUCCUUUGGACGUUGUAAAAGAUCUAGGAAGAAUGUGUCUUAUCUCUAAUGUACCCGGAUAUUCCUGGAUACAAAUGUGUGUGCAUGUGUGUGUGCUUGCUCAUGCGUGUGCGUGCGUGUGGAUGUGAAAAAUAGAAAAGGGGGCAAGGCUGUAUAAUUUCUAUGUAAAUAGCGCUGGUAAUAAAACCUCUCUUACAACUA